AUGUCCAGUCCCCUCACUCACGCCAAGAUCGUGCUCCGCCGCUCCAGCGAGCGCGGGUAUGCCGAGCACGGUGGUUGGCUAAAAAGCUUCCACACGUUCAGCUUCGCUAGCUACUACGACCACCGAUUCCAGAACUUCGGCAGUCUGCGAGUGUUGAAUGAAGACCGUGUUGCAGCCCACAAUGGGUUCGGAACUCAUCCCCACCGCGAUGCAGAGAUCUUCAGCUAUAUUCUUAGCGGAGAGCUCACGCAUCGGGACAGCAUGAUUAAAAAGGGAGCAGAGGGCAAACAAGGAAAAGAUUUCUAUCGCAUGAAGCGAGGUGAUGUGCAGUUCACCACCGGAGGAACUGGAAUCGCCCAUUCGGAGCAGAAUGAGUCCAACAAGCCCGUGCACUUCCUUCAGAUCUGGGCAUUGCCUUGGAAACAUGGUCUCAGCCCGCAGUACCAUACGAUGACUUUCAGCGAAGAGGCCAAGCGCAAAGCGUUCGUUCCGAUCCUAUCGCCACUCGCUGCCGGUCCAGAGGCCAAACCAGCGGAUGAAGAUGCAGCGAUUCCGAAGAUUCCAGAUACGAUUCCUAUCCACGCUGAUUUUGUCAUGGGCGCGGGUAUCAUUGAACCCUCUUCCGCUUUUACAUGGAAUGUGGGUUCUGGUGAAGUCGUGAGCUCUAAGAAGAAGCGCAAUGUAUACAUACAUCUGCCCAUGACAAACCAAGGGAAAUCCAAGGUCCGGCUUAAUGGGAGUGAAGACGCUGUUCUGGAAGAGGGAGAUGGUGCGUUUAUCACACAGGUCAACGCGGGUGACUUGCUCCGCGUUGAGAGUAUUGGAGAAGUGGAAGCGGAAGUCAUUGUGCUGGACAGCAAUUGA